AUGACCAAAUCACCACAAUUGAAGAAACAAAAAGUUAAGAAGCAAUUGAUCCUUAGUGCUGCAACUGUUGGUACCUCCUCAAAUAACUGGAGGAAUCCAACUGAUCAAUCAAGAGAGUUCUCACAUAGUUUAGAACCAUGGAUUGAAUUUGCUAAGCUUGCUGAAAAAGCUAAAUUCCACAACAUCUUCUUUGUUGAUCAUCUAAGUUGGUAUGAUGUCUAUGGUGGCGAAUAUAAGACCGCAGCUAAACAUGGUGUUAAUGCUACUAGAAUUGAUCCAGCUGCUCCAGUUCUUGCAAUCGCCUCGCAUACAAAAAACGUUGGUAUUGCUGUUACUUUCAGUACUGUGAGUGAGCAUCCGUAUCAUUUUGCAAGAAGAUUGGCUAGUUUGGAUUUACUUUCUGGUGGUAGAAUUGCUUGGAAUAUUGUUUCGUCCUACUUGCCCAGUCUUGGUAAGAAUUUGUUAAAUGGGGGUCCAUUACCUGAACAUGAUGAAAGAUAUGUCAAGACUACAGAAUAUUUGGAUACCGUUUAUGAGUUAUUAUUAUCAUCCUGGAGAGAUGAUGCGGUGGUCUAUGAUAAAGAAAGGGGGGUCUUUGCUGAGCCUGAGGCAAUCAGAGAAAUCAACCACGUUGGUAAGUACUUCAAUGUUAAAGGACCUGCAAUUACAGAACCUUCACCACAAAGAUUCCCAUUGAUUGCACAAGCUGGUACUUCUUCGAAAGGUAUUGAUUUUGCUGCUGAAAAUGCUGAACUUGUCUUUGUUAAUUUACACAAGGCUGAACAUACUACCAAGAGUAUUGCUAAAAUCAGAAAAGUUGCACAUGAAAAAUAUGGUAGAGAUCCUUAUUCCAUUAAGUUCAUUGCACCUCUCACACCAAUUACUGGAAAGACACAUGAAGAAGCUCAAGCAAAAUUUGAUGAGUAUAACAAAUACGAAGAUCCAAUUGACUCAUUAGUGUACUUUGGAGGAGUUUCUGGUAUUGAUGUUUCUGGUUUUGGUUUUGAUGAGCCAGUUGUGUUUGAAGGAAAAAGUAAUGGAAUUACUUCAGCUACAGACAACACUUUGUACAAGCCAGAUGGAUCCAGAAGAACACCAAGAGAAAUCUCAGAAAUGUGGAGAGGCGGUACCACCGUCUUUGGUACUGGUAAAGAAAUUGCUGAGUAUAUUCAAAACUUAGUUGAAGCGACAGAUAUUGACGGUAUUAAUUUUGGUUUCAGAGAUUUCCCUGGUGGUUUUAAAGAUGCUGUUGACUAUUUAGUUCCUGAAUUACAAAAAUUAGGUUUAGCUCAGACUGAAUAUGCUGUUCCUGGUGGAACUUUGAGAGAGAACUUUUAUGGUGAAAAGGGACAUACCUAUUUCCCAGAAUCUCAUCCAGCUUAUAAUUUGAGAUGGGAGAAAGGUGUUAGUAAAGAACAAUUUGAAAAGAAUUUAAAAGACUAUGUUGUCAAAAGAAAUCAAAAGAGGGAGGCUGAAAUCUAA